ACGUGAGCUAAUAACAGCAAACGGUUUCUUUCUGUGUGAAGCUUUGGCUGAGGCUCUCACUCUCACUCUCUCACUCAUAUAUGCCGGAACAAGCUUAAAAGCUGAGAGACACCAUGCUGAUGGUUCCCUCGUCUCUCUCUUAUAAACCCACACCCCCCACACCGAGCAUUCAUUUCAGUCACAGCAAACAAAUAAUCCAAUGCUGUUCAAAUCAGAACUCAAGACAUCACAGGGCAGACAGUGGUGUCAUUUUACAUUGUGAAGAGAAUUUGAAUCGGAGGCUUAUUGUGUUCCUUUCAGUCACAACAAGCUUGUUUCCAGAUUUAUCUUCUUCAGCAAAAACAAAGAGUAAAAGUCCAUUUGAUGAAAGACGCUUGCUGGAGCAAAACAAGCGUAUACAGAAAGAAAAUAAUGCACCUGAAGAGUUUCCCAGUUUCAUUAGAGAAGGUUUUCAGGUAAAGGUAGUAACGCCAGGAAACUACACAACACGUGAGUCAGGACUUAUAUAUCGAGAUUUUGCAGUUGGUGAGGGUGAUUGCCCACAGGCUGGUCAGCAGGUGAUGUUCCACUAUGUUGGCUACAAUGAGUCAGGCCGUCGCAUAGACAGCAGCUACAAUCAAGGUUCUCCUGCCAGAAUACGCAUGGGAACAAAUGCAUUGGUCCCAGGAUUUGAAGAAGGAAUUCGUGACAUGAAACCUGGGGGAAAAAGAAGAAUAAUCAUUCCACCAGAACUUGGACCACCGGUAGGACCUUCCACCUUUUUCAGCUCAAAACAGUUUGAAGUUUUUGAUGUGGAACUGCUGAGCAUUCAAAACUGUGUGAGGAGGACUAUAGCUGCUUUUUACUCUGACUUUGUCUGCGAAUAAAGGGAUGAGGCUAGACUUUGCCCAUUUGGGUAUUUUGAAACAUUUCCUCUUCUCGAAAUGUGUUAAAAGUUGGAAAAGUUCUCUAAUUUAAUCCCAAGGCUGACAGUUCGGUUCUUAUAGUGAUUGGAUAUUAGCCGGAGAAUCUGAUCACCAUGUAGUCGGAAAAGGUACAUUUUGCAUCCCAAAUCUAUUAAGCAUAGUAAUUGUAUUUAUCAAUUCUCUGCAAAGACUGUACUACCUAAAUGAUUUACCAAGGAUGUAAAUUUAUCGAAUGAGUUCCACUAUUUCA